AUGAACCUAUUAAAGAGCUCCACCUGCCGCAAGGCAACCUUAUCCAUCCGUUCUCAACUGCUCCUCCUCUCCAAACAACGGAAUCUACUCCUUGUUGCCCUCUCACUACUACUUGUCUUCUUUCUUCAUUCUCCCUUCUCCAUACAUGCCAGAGUAUCCUCUACUUCAUCAGCUCUCCGAUUUGAAUCCCAUCAUCAUGAAUUACAUGAAUUAUUAAGAAAAACCCGAGGCUGGCUGAAACAUCCAUUGGAUCAUACCACAACUGCAACUCCCAAUGACCACUACUAUCUUCAAGUGGAUUUUAAAGUCCAUUCGCGCAGCCCUCACAUUUCCUUCCAAAAGAAUCAUAAGGCAAUUCCCUUAUAUAAGGGUCGUGCCAUUGUAUCCAUGACCAGCCCUUCCUCCUCCACUUCGGAACGAAUCCGACUCGUUUCUGUUUCAAGCUUACUCUCAGAGGCUCUAUACUUUGAUUCGCAUAUGAAUUCUUAUGCGAGAGUGCGUUGGGUAGCCACCAAUGAAACUGCAAUGCAGCCUUCCAAUGAGCUGGUCCAUGAGAAGCCACAACAACAACGACAACCCCACAUUUCCACUCUUCCUUCUCCAGUGGAUUUCAACUCUCUUCUCAAAACCAUUCUCGAUUCGAAUCAUUACAUACCUGAACAUGUGCCAAUUUAUGAUGAAGCUGCUGACAGAUUGUGUCCCAUGCAAUAUUUCGAUCGCCAUGUGGUAUUUUUCGAACAUUCUCAUUAUUUGUUAUGCAUGAAGAAGGGAUCAACAAGCGCUUCUGCUCCUCCCUCAUCGACAGUUGGCAGUCAUUUGAGCACGAUUAAUGCAAUGAGAGCCAUGGAUAACUCUCUCAUGAACUUGAGAUAUAUUAUUGGGCAAGAGUUUACUGUUGACAUUUCUGCAAUGUCUUUGCAUCGAGGAGAAGUGAAUGACGAAAAGACAACUGUAAAAACGAGAGGUCAGUCAAACAAUAUUGACAUUAAGAUUUCACCUACACGUGAGAACUUGAUGUCUCUCUUUUCAGAGUCUCCUCUCAUUCAGGAAGAGCUCAAGGAAAUCAUGACGAAACAGCAACGGAGAUCGUCACAAUCCAUUAAGAUCAGCCUGAUUAACAAAAGUCACAUUAGAUCCGAGUUGACAAGUGGACCUCCACUUGAAGACUUGUUCCCAAAAAAACCAGUCCAACUAAUUGAAAAAUCCACUUCAGAGAAGAGAUUAUUACAAUCGGAACAAUAUACCUCUCCUGCAAAAUCAUACUUUUUCCAUCUCGAUUCUAUUGCUUGUUUAUUACCAUGGUUGAAGGACUCCAAGAAGUGUUCUCAACAACAUAACAUGCGAGAGCUCCAUGAGAGAAGGAUUUGUGUAUUUUUACAUGGUGCAGGUCAAUGGCCUACUGACAAGGGAGAACCAAUAGAUUAUGACUUUGAAAAUUAUUGGGGUCCAGUUUCUCAUUACACUCCUCAAUGCUCAGAACGAUGGUUCAUUCGAGAGGAAACCAAAUAUCGUGGGUGGGACAAUAAGGAACUGCAACAAAGUUAUUGUGACAUAUUACUCAUGAAACAAAAACUAAAGCAAGGCGACAUGACCUGGUCGAGUAACAAGGUUGUUAAGAAUGUCAUUAUAUAUGCACACUCGAUGGGCAAUUUAAUAUUAGCAGCAGCUAUUAAGAAUGGAGUUUGUAGCUUGGACAAGACGACUGUUUCGUGGUACGACUUGAUGGGUCCUUUGCGUGGUAGUCCAGCUGCCAACAUGUUGGACACUGUGUGUGCCCAAGACGAUUGGAAUGUGAAACGUAUUUUAGCAUCCAAGGGUGGUUAUUGCAUGUCAGACUCCAUGAAAAUGUAUCCUACCUAUGAAACUCUUCACACCAACUACUCUGGAUUGUCUGAGCUUCAAAAAAUCGCCAAAGAAUAUGUCACUGGCCAGCUCUGUGGCACUAGCAGCUACGGCUUAAACUCGAUGUAUAGUGCUCCACUUGAAUUGCUGAGCAAGCUUGUCAACUAUGGAGAAUUGAAUGAUGGUCUAGUACCCUACAGUUCUUGUGCGGUCGAUAAAGAGGCUCCAUUCUCAGAAUCGUAUGAAGAUACCUUUUACAAAACAGCUGCUAAUCACGUGGAUGGAACGUGCAAAUCGGGUGAUUCAUGGUUUGGUUCAACAAAGCCAUGUUCUUUCUUUAUUAAUAAAACCUAA